AGGCGUGUCGAUUGCGCAACGAGGCCAUGGCCCUCGGCUUCCCCGCGUGUCUCCCGCGCCGCGUGGAGUCUCUGUGCAGGGCGCACGGGGCCCUGCGCGGCCCCACGCCGCGCCGGGCCCUGCACGCCCCGAGCCCGGCCCCCCGGGCGCGCUCGGGGGCCGCGCAGAUUUGGCUGCAGAGGCAGCGACGCGACCCGUUCGUGCGGCGCGCACAGGAGCUGGGGCUGCGAUGCCGCAGCGGGUUCAAGCUGGCGCACAUGGACGAGCAGCUGCGCUGGCUGCAGCCCGGCAGAGCCGUGCUCGACCUGGGGGCUGCGCCGGGUGCCUGGAGCCAGGAGGCUGCGCGCAGGGUGAACGCGACCGGGGUCCUCCUGCCCGGUGCCCCGCGGGGGUUCGUGCUGGGCCUGGACCUGCUGCCCGUGGAGCCGCUCGACGGAGUCUCGUUCCUGGGCGGCACCGACGUGCGCGCCGCAGACACCGAGACGAAGGUUCGCGCCCUGCUCCCGGGCGGCGCGGCGCACGUGGUGCUGAGCGACUUGGCGCCCCGGGCGAGCGGAGUGCGCGCCCUGGACCACGAGCAGAGCCUGGCGCUGUGCAGGGCCGCCUUGGCGCUCGCCAUCGUCAUGCUGCGGCCAGGGGGCCACUUCCUCUGUAAAUUGUGGGACGGCGCGAGCAGCGAGGAGCUCCGUGGCCGGCUCCGUGCCGCUUUCCGCGAGGUGCGGGCACUGAAGCCGCCCGCGAGUCGCCGCGACUCGGCCGAGUUCUACCUGGCGGCCAGCGGCCUCAGGGCGCCAAGACGCCCGUGACCCUCUCGGCCCUCUUGGGAUUCGAGUCAAAUGAAAUCGGCUGUGGAUCCGUGGGGGUUAUGUCAACUCGCUUUGCCAGGGAUAUCAUUGCCGUUUGGUUAAGUUGUGGCCAUGCGAAAGUGUAAUGGGUUUUGAUGCGCUGCAGACAACCGUGCACGUGGCCAAACGCACGUGGCCAAACGCUGCAGAUGCCCUCAAUUUAGCAACGUGCCCUGACACAAGGUAGUGGGUGUAUUGGCAUAAAUACUGUGCAAUUUCUCGUCGUGUGGAUAAAUAAAUGCUUUAUUUGUAUCUCAUGUGGGUGUAUAUAU